AUGCUACUACUCGAUGAUGAAAUUCGACGGUCAAGCUUGGUUAGACUCUGCCGUAUCAACUAUCGAAGAUACCGAUAUAUUCGACCACCCUCACCGCAAGCUGCCUCACCACGGCCCCCUCACCACGGACACGGCCCACCAAACCAAACGGUCUGUUCAAUGAUUGCAAACAGUAAAUACACCCCUAAACUGGUAGCCCUUAUCAACGAAUACUUAGACUUGGUUAAGACCCUAAACGGCACUGCGGCAAACUACACAGUCUUCGCUAAGCUAUCUAAAGAGAUUAUUAAGAAUAUCCUCGCCUACCACGUCUCACCGGAAUUAUACGACGCAGGCAGAGUCUUAGUAUCGCACACAAUCCCAACCGCACUCGGCGAGGACUCCCUCGGCGGAAACCCGCAAAGACUACGUCUUGGACUGGGUUUGAAUGGCUUCAACGUCAAUUUUUACUCCUGCAUUAUAGCCGUGAACAUCUACGCCACAAACGGCGUAAUCCGCGGCGUAGACUCCCUUAUCCUCCCCCCACCCCCCGUAUCAAAAACUAUAUCCAUCCUCUCUAUCGAAUUCUCUACCCUGCAGCUCGCCCUCCUCAAAACCUGGCUGGGCGAAAAACUUGCCGAAGCCCCUUAUACAGGCGGAACGAUCUUCGCGCCUUUGAAUUGGGCGUUCCAGAAGCUAAGGACAAGGAUUAAUGCUUUCCUUAUCUCGAAGUAUAGGGAGAAGUAUUUAAAGGCGCUUUUGGAGUAUUACAUUAUUACUAAUCAGACGCUGUACUCGGAUGCGUUGUAUAAGGAGAAGAGCUCUGGUUCUGGCCCGGAUGACAACUCUGAGGAGGAAGUUGGCGAGGGUAUACUUAAGGGAAAUUUCCACGUCGAUCUCCCGACCCUGCUUAAAGACAAGAGUUUGAGUAUCGAUAUCGCACGAUCGGGUGGUUUCAUUAGUAUCAGGAUUAACGGAUAUACGAGUGUCACUGUGCAGGAUAGUGUUGCGAAGGAUAGUGUUCUUCUGGAUUUGACUUCUAUACUUAUACCGCCGAAGACGCCGGGAGGUGUUUUCGUAGAGGGGGAGCUGGAGGAUGACGUUGAGGAGUUGAAGGAGAGGUUGGGGGCUUUUGUGAAGGGUCAUAACACCGCAGCCACGUCCUACUCUCCAGCUCCUCUGAAGGCUCAUCGCAUCGCACAUACACUAUGUAUCUUUCUCUCUUCUCUUGCCCCAAAGUACAGAACUCCCAAUGAGUGGCCUUCAUGGUCCCGUUACCGAGCCUAA